AUCCUGCGUUGAGUGGACAGGGUUACUCGAAGUCACAGAGUUCCCCGUCCAGCCUCUUAGGGUUUCAGAACGGCAAGCAAAUGUGGAGUGGAAGUCUUGACAGUCAAAAUAGAGGUCCUGGUGGAGUUUCCGUUUCCCUUCGACAAACAGAGAAUAAUUUUGGGAAAGGUUUCACAGUCAUCAGACCUCCUUCUUUGAAUCCUGGAGAAGGCAACGUGCAUUCAGGGGCUAUCCCACCUUGGAUUAGGCACGACACCGGUCAAAAGAGCCAAUUGCCAGCCAGUGUUAGCCAUCACUUAGGCUCUUCACUGCCUCUUUCUAGGACCCAGGAAAGAAAGUUAGCAAAGCUUAGGAACCCGAAUCGAGUGGGAGCAGCAUGGGCCGAACAACGUAGGGCUGAAAUGGAGAGAGAGCAUGCUGGGGAAGUAGUUGAGAAAAGUGUUCCAGGUAGCGCCACGUGGUUACCCAAUUUUGGUCGUGUUUGGCAAAGUGGGUCACGUCGGGAAACAAGGAAGGAGUUCGAAUCGGAGAAACGCUCAGAACGGAAGAAGAGGUCUAGAGGAGAAAGCAGAAGGACAAUACUCGAUAAUACAAAACUUCGCCCUUACGUCAGCAAGCGACAGCGGACGAUGGAGGAAAGCUGAUGGAAAGGGACCUUGUUUAGACGCUUGUACUCUUGCCAACUACGGGAGUUCAGUGCUUCACGACGUGAGUCCUAUGACUUCUUCCAUGACUUUGUGCAAGGAUUUUUCAUUCUCUUGUUGUCAGGUAUCUAUCUGUGGUCCUAGCCUCAAAUAUGGGCUUUUGUAGUUACCGUGACUUGGUUAGAACUGUCCUAAGUUCUAGGUUUAGUUCAUCUACUUAAAUGUGUUCAUCAUAUGAAGCAUCCCGCUUGGUAUGAAGGCUUCUUGAUGCAAGCUGGGAAAGAGGGAGCGAAACUCAUUUCAGUUGCCUUUUUCCCCGAGCUCUUAGUUGCUAUUGAAUCGUUUUAAAGUUAUGGGGAAGGUGUAUACUCUUUCAGGUGAAGAAAAGGAAAUUGUGGAACCGGAACUAUGCUUACCGUUGACUGCGACAAAAUUUUGAUUCCACGGUUUACAUAUUUCAGUCAUUUUCCCACAUCAUCUCCUGUAUUGAACCAAUCUCAGUGUGCACAGUGUCAGUAGUCGCUCAAGUGAAAAGUCAAGGAGGUCAAUUCUGAGUGCUAUGCAUAUCAAGACCGACCACUUUCUCAGAUAAAAUAGACUGGUAGCACGCAGUCACUGCACUAUAUAAAGUAUAUCAAGUACUUAGCUGCGCCGUGCUAUGAGGAUGCUGUACUUGUGUUGGAAGUAUGCAGUUUGUCAGUUGGAGCGCGUAUCGUUGUAGCUGCUCGGAGCCUGUUUUUCGACAUGUAAAUCUCUUUGAAGGCAUGAAAUCAGCGGGGUUCUAAAUUGGGUGGUCAAAUGGAUCCCAUAGUUGAAGGCUUCUUUUCUGGCAUGACCUCUGGGAUAGAUUUGUGGUAACUGGACCCUUCUAAUCCAGCAUGCGUUCAUGAACGUCCGGAUUUCACGAUACAAUCAAGGCAGAUAAUGUCGUUGCCGCUGGAACACAAACAAUGGUAGUUAGAGCCCCGUGGGUGUCAAAUUGUAUAAUAAAGUUUCCCACAUGUGAGAGCGAAUCUUUACCAAUCGGGUUUAAAACAGGAUUCAUAAAUUCUGGCGAACGCCAAGUUUGCGAGAAUUAACAUAAUUCUGGUAC